AUCUACAAGUAUUUCGCUAUAUGAGGUGUACGCGAACACAUCUUAUAACAGAUUUGUGCAAUAUUGAGCGCUCGCUUUGAAUAAAACUUGCAUUAAACUACAAGAAACUAUUCCAUAAGAAAUUGUCGAUAUUCUCGUUUGUUUAAAAUGUUUUUCUACGAACUCUUCGGAUUUUCGUUCAUUCUAUUUGUUACCUUUAAAUAUCGGCAUCCAGUCCAAUAUUAUGCAAAGUUUACAUUUUACAUUUUGACAGCUUCAGCUGCUUCUGCUAUCCUACCAUAUGUAGGACUUUUUCGGUACCCAAUACGAGAUUAUAGAAAUGGAAUGCUACCCGCAUGGAGUUUCCGAAUGAUUGUCCAGUUGUUGGGAUUAGAAUACGAGGUAAGAGGACUUGAAAAUGUUGAUAAGAACGAGGGUGGUGUGGUGGUCGUUGCACCACAUCAGAGUAUUUUAGAUUUAUCAGUUGAUGCUUACUUAUGGCCUUUGAUCGGUCGACCGAUUGGUGUAACCAAAAACAUUGUGCUGUAUGUAUUUCCAUUUGGUAUCGGGAUGUGGAUAUGCGGUUCUCUGUUCAUUGAUCGAAAAAACAGACAAAACGCUGUGAAACAAUUGCAUGCACAAACCGAAGCAAUUCAAAGUCGAAGAAACAAAAUUGUUAUUUUCCCGGAGGGCACUCGAGCGCAACAGAACAAAAUAAUGCCGUUUAAAAAGGGAGCCUUUCAUCUGGCAAUCGACAGUCAGAGUAUGAUACAACCGGUGGUUGUCUCAAACUAUCACUUUCUGAGCAGUGCAGAGAAACGCUUUCAGAAAGGAAAAAUUAUUAUCUCGAUCUUACCAGCCAUGUCCUGCAAGGGGAUGACAAAAGAUGACGUUAAUAUUGUAUUGGAACGAACGAAACGACUGAUGGACAUUGAUUUUGAGAAAAUAAGCAACGAAACAAAGCCCCAAUUUCAUUCUUAGUUUAUGUGAGGGUGCUUGGUUAUGGAGAUUAAGUGCAGGAAUUUCAUUUAAAAUUAAUCGGUCUUUGAUGAAGGUCGGGUGAUUGUGUUUUAAACUGUAACAAAUUGAAAUAAAAUUGAGAAGUCACAUGAAGUCGUUAGCAAUUCCCAGCUGACUUUUUCGCCAUCAAUUGUAUCAUAGACUCAAGUCAUCAUUCCAGAACAAUUUGGACACCUUGA